GGAAGCUUGAAAAGGUUUCCCCUGAGCCGACAGGACGCUGACCACAUGCUGCCACAGUCAUCUGCCUGUCCUCACUGUCACACUGUCCACCUGUACACCACCGCCAUCAUGGUCCUCUUGGCAGUAAUAUUUGCCUUGGUCUUAAUCAAAGAUGUUUAUGGAAGACCUCCAUUACCUCCACUGCCCAUGAAAGAUGGCUGCAACCUGGUAUCUCCAGAGAUGGAGGUAUUCAGGGUGGAGGGUGACGCUGUAGUCCUCUCCUUUCCAAUAUUCAAGAGAGUGCUUGAAGUACGCAACAUCGCCUCCCCAGCAGCAAACUACCUCAUCACCAAACAGUUUGGGACAGGGGGCGUGGUCUUUCAGGGUGAGGGGCGUGUCCAGCAACGUGACAAACAGCUGUGGUUCCUUCCAUCUCAGGCUUCAGACUCAGGGGAAUAUAUCUGCACUUACAGAAAUGAGUCCUACUGUAUCACUGGGAGUAUCACGCUCCGUGUGUAUGAGUCCAAUUAUGUGGACAUGGAGAAACUGUCCUAUCCCAUAUCAGCCACAGUGGGGGAGGACCUGACAAUCCCAUGUCCAUCUCUAGGUUACUUCAACAGGACAGACGGACUGACAGAAUGGUACAAGGACUCCAGUGCCACUGCCCUUCAGCUGGGCAGAGCAGGCUCCUUUCGCCAGGACACAGAUAAACUAAUGAUCCCUGCAGUGAGACAACGCCAUGCAGGCCUCUACACCUGUGAGGUCAAAGUGCUCAUCAACGAGCAGCAGUAUAAAGUCAGCAGAGUCAUCCUGCUCCAUGUGCAAGGUCUAGACCCUACAAUCAGUCCCACUGUGCCUGACCUUUCUAUGACCUCUGACCCAGGACUAAUCAGCAGCGACACAACUGUUCAUGCUGCAAUAAUUCAGCCACCUCUAAUUAUUUCACCACUGAAUGGAACCAUUUUUGAAAGUCCACAUGGUUCAAAACUGGAGCUGGUUUGCAGGGUGCUCACUGACUGUCAAAUGGCAGAUUCGACCGUGGUCACAUGGCUGAUUAAUGGCCAAUCAGUGGAAUCCUCAUACCUUGGUGGACGGGCUAUGCAAGGAGAACAGAGGGUGACCAAGGUGUCCGAACACUGCCAGACUGAGCUGAGGCUGUUUGUUGUAGCGAUAAGAGAGGAAGACACGAAGACAGAGCUGAAGUGUGUCGCUCAGAACCAAGGAGGAAGACAGGAAGUCGUUGCACAGCUUCAACUUGAGGACCCCACAUUCACAUGGCUGGUGGUAGCUGCAGUGGCUGUGUCCUGCUUCUUGACUGUGGUUUCUGUCUUCCUCUACAUGCUCUUCAAACCUAAAAGGAAAAAGAAAAUGGAUUACAUUCUGGCUCGGCAGAGCAGUACAUUCUAGCUUUGCAGGUGUGGACAUGUUGUUCAUAAAGAACUUCUUUAGUAUGUUCACUGUUGCAUCAGAUCAGUCCUCCAAGCAGUGUGUGGGGGUGAUGUUGUGCAGCAGCACCACUAUGUCAUGCUUGGUGUUCAGCUCUUCUUUUACAGGGAUUUAAUGUUUUUAAAUUAGUAGCUGCAUACAGCUACUGUGACCAGUGUUUUGUCCAAGGACACUUUGACACGUGGACUACAGGCUUUGACAUUUGAACCUCCAACCGCUCUACCCACUGAACCAGUCACCCUCAAUCCAAUACAUGAUCUCAGGGAAGAAUCAUGUCUAGUACUGUAGACACAUGUUCAGUCCUUGUGCAAAUCUCCAUGUAAAAUAAAACAAAGUGGUAAGAAAAUACAGUGUGGACGUUAUUGAUUGAUUGAAUUUAACAUUUAUAAUCCUACAUCACUGCAAAGUAGUUAAUGGUGUUCAAGGUGUAACUGGGCUGCUGACUAUUCUAAAAUCUAACUACUGAUCAUUUUAUGUUGUUACUGCAGGUGAGA